AUGUCUAACAACAUCAACGACUACCAGAAAGUCUCCGAGGAACAACACAAGAAGGUCCAAGUCAAUCCUUAUGGACCAAAUCCAAGUGACUAUUUAUCAAAUGUUCGUUCUUUCCAACUAAUUGAAUCUACUCUAAGAGAGGGUGAGCAAUUUGCAAAUGCAUUCUUUACCACUGAAAAGAAAAUUGAAAUUGCAAAGGCCUUAGACGAUUUUGGUGUUGAUUACAUUGAGUUGACGUCCCCUGUUGCAUCUGAACAGUCAAGAGCUGACUGUGAAGCUAUCUGCAAACUUGGUUUAAAGGCUAAAAUUCUAACCCAUAUAAGGUGCCAUAUGGAUGAUGCAAGGGUUGCUGUAGAAACCGGUGUUGACGGUGUCGAUGUUGUCAUUGGUACCUCCCAAUUUUUGAGACAAUAUUCCCAUGGUAAGGACAUGACUUAUAUUACCAAGAGUGCAAUUGAAGUUAUUGAAUUUGUUAAAUCCAAGGGCAUUGAAAUCAGAUUUUCUUCUGAGGAUUCUUUCAGAUCAGAUAUUGUUGAUUUGCUAAACAUCUACAAGACAGUCGAUAAGAUCGGUGUCAACAGAGUUGGUAUUGCAGAUACUGUUGGCUGUGCCAACCCAAGACAAGUUUAUGAACUAGUCAAGACCUUAAAAUCUGUUGUUUCUUGUGAUAUUGAAUGUCAUUUCCACAAUGAUACUGGUUGUGCGAUUGCAAACUCUUAUACUGCAUUAGAGGCAGGUGCUAAAUUGAUUGAUGUUUCAGUUCUAGGUAUUGGUGAAAGAAAUGGUAUUACCCCAUUGGGUGGAUUAAUGGCUAGAAUGAUUGCAGCUGAUAGAGAAUAUGUUUUAGGUAAGUAUAAGUUGCACAAGCUAAGGGACUUGGAGAAUCUAGUUGCGGAGGCCGUCCAAGUCAAUAUUCCAUUCAAUAACCCAAUCACUGGUUUCUGCGCGUUCACCCACAAGGCAGGUAUCCACGCAAAGGCGAUUUUGGCAAACCCUUCCACCUAUGAAAUCUUGAGUCCAGCGGAUUUCGGUUUAACAAGAUACAUUCAUUUUGCAAAUAGAUUGACUGGUUGGAAUGCAAUUAAAUCAAGAGUUGAACAGUUGAACUUGAAAUUAACUGACGAUCAAGUCAAAGAAGUCACCAACAAAAUCAAGAAGUUGGGUGAUAUCAGACCACUUAACAUCGAUGAUGUUGACUCUAUCAUUAAGGAUUUCCAUAAUGACAUUUCUACUCCGAAGAUGGGAGCUACUGAAGGCCCAGCAAUUGAUGAAGAUCAAACAUUGUUGGACAACGUCAAGAGACCUCGUUUAGAAUGA